CCUCAGAUUAUGAACCGGUGUCAGAUGCUCCAGUGACAGACUGAGAGACAGAGUGGGCUGAGACGCAGAGACAGGGACAACGUCUUUGUGCAUGCUAGCUGGACUGCAGAGAUGACUGAAAUGAAAAGAGCUCCGUCCGUGGACGCGUCGGAGGGGAAGUUAAUAAAGAAGGGUUCCAUCAAAAAGAAGAUCGAAUCGUUCAGGCGAUGGAGUUCGGCCAGCAUCAAGAGGCCACCAAAGCCUAAAGCCAAGACCCUGAGCCUGUCGUCUCCUGAUGGAGACCCUGAGGACCUGUGGCUGCCAGAGGGAGACAAGAGGAAGCUGCAUCCCAUCGUUGACUCUGUCUUUGGACAGGACAGAGAUCUCCGACCAGAGGAAAUGGAAGAGCUGCGCGAGGCGUUCAGGGAGUUUGAUAAGGACAAGGAUGGCUUCAUCAGCUGUAAGGACCUGGGCGAGUGCAUGAGGACGAUGGGAUACAUGCCCACCGAGAUGGAGCUGAUUGAGCUCAGCCAGCAGAUCUGUGGCGGCAGAGUCGACUUUGAGGAUUUCGUGGAACUGAUGGGUCCUAAAAUGCUCGCAGAGACCGCGGACAUGAUUGGAGUCAAAGAGCUGAGAGACGCCUUCAGAGAGUUUGACUCGGAUGGAGACGGUCAGAUUAGCCUUGGAGAGCUGAAGGAAGCCAUGAAGAAGCUGAUGGGGGAGCAGCUGAACCACCGCGAGAUGGACGAGAUCCUGAGGGACAUCGACCUCAACGGGGAUGGACAGGUGGACUUUGAAGAGUUUGUGAGAAUGAUGUCUCGCUGAGCCACCAGAGCUGACGCAGAGCAGACUGACGGCUAAAGGUCUAAAGGUCCAGGACGUCCCCGAUGCUUGUGAUUUUUUUUUUCACUGACUCGACAUUUUAUCGCCUCUCAGGCAUCAGAACCCUUUUAUUUUCUCACUGGUGUAAAAACGUCUUGUGUGUGUGCUGAGAAAUGGUGAGUCAAUGACUUCUGCUCUAUUUUCCUGUUAGAUCACCUCAAAUGUAUUUUAAAUAUAUUUAAAACUGAAAUCCUUAUUAAAAAAUGGGUCCAUUCUGUAUUUAUUGUGUAGAUAUUUUUUGUAUUUUAUUUUGAAAUUUAAAUGACAAAUUCUGUAUUUUUUCAGCUUUGAUUAAAAUCUAACCUGAAGAUGUUAAAGGACAAUAAAAAUGGAAAUGUAAUGAUGAUAUAUGAGUAAAUAUUCUAAACUGGAAUUCACCCGUUUUCUGUAAAUGGGACAUUAUUGAAAUACAAGCGAACAGUGAGCUCUUCAUACAUGUGUGUGUGUAUAAUCCUUUAUUGUACAAAUUCACGUGCGUUCAUUCAAUAAAUUAUUUUUUGCAUCAUCUUCA